AUGCUGAAGAAGAUGGGUGAGGCCGUGGCCAGAGUUGCAAGGAAGGUCAACGAGACCGUGGAGAGCGGCUCUGAUACCCUGGAGCUCCGCCUGGAAGGGAACUUCCUGCACCGGCUCCCCAACGAGGUCAGUACCCUACAGCACCUCAAGGCCAUCGACCUCUCCCGGAACCAGUUCCGUGACUUCCCCGAGCAGCUCACUACCCUGCCAGCUCUAGAGACCAUCAACCUGGAGGAGAACAACAUCGUGGACGUACCCGUGGAGAAGCUGGCUGCCAUGUCCGCCUUGCGCCGCGUCAAUCUCCGCUUCAACCCGCUGAACGCUGAGGUGCGCGCCAUCGCUCCGCCACUCAUCAAGUUUGACAUGCUCGUGUCUCCUGAGGGCGCACGGCCCCCUCCACCUUAG